UUCCUCGGCACGGUUUUCGGUUUAUGCACGCAUGCGUCACGCGGAGCUCGCGUCGCGUCAAACUAAAAACUUUUUAAAGCCCACAUUGGAGACCGUCGCGCUUAAGACCAGCAGCCCUCAAACACAAGAAGGCGCCCCCUAAGACCGUCUACAGGCGGCUGACUAGAUUAUGAGACAGCCCAUAUUCACAGUCACAAGCCGCGUUCAAGAAGGACUUUCCUGAAUUGCAGGUAGACCCGUCUGAAGCCGAGGAGGAAAAACCAUGUGAUGCUUACAGAAGAAUUUGGAAUUUUUUGGGGGAAGCUCUUGAAGAAGAAGAAGAAGAAGAAGAAAAUCAACUUCGAGAGAAAGGAGUCGAUUCAAACCCAGUUCGGCCGAGGGAGUAUAAUGGGUCGUGUUUCGUAAAGGCAUUACUGACUCCGUACAGGUGUGUCGACGAAUGAAGAGGGUUUAAGGGCUGUUUCCGUCCUGUGGAGGAGAUGGGGGCCUGCUGGAGAUGGUGCUACACGACCUGCACCUGCUGCUUGUCUGAGGAUGAGAAGAACGCCAUCGUAGUACACAACGAGAUCAAAAGAAUCCUCGCAGACCAGAAGAAACGAGAACGCAGAGAAAUCAAAGUGCUUCUCUUGGGCACCGGAGAAAGCGGGAAGACGACUUUCAUCAAGCAGAUGAGGAUUAUUCACGGCAAGGGCUUUUCCGAAGAAGACCGGCGUGGCUACACCAAACUGGUUUUCCAGAACAUCUUCACUGCCAUGAAGGCUCUGACGGUGGCCAUGAGCACCCUAAGGAUCCCCUACGCCAACCCCCAAAACGAGAUAUAUGGGAAACAGUUUCAGGAGGUGGAGGUCCGUCAGAUGGCUCACUUGGACAGAAUGUAUGUGGAAGCUAUCCGCCGACUUUGGGCUGACGAUGGUAUCAAGGCCUGUUACAGUCGUCGUAGAGAGUACCAGCUUCUGGACUCUACAGAAUACUAUAUGACAAAUUUGGAGCGCAUUGCGGCCCCGGACUUCAUCCCGACAGCCCAGGACGUGCUCCGAGUCCGAUUCCCCACCACAGGCAUCAAUGACUACUCCUUCAGUGUGGAGAAAAUCACCCUCAGGAUUGUGGAUGUGGGAGGCCAGAAGUCCGAGAGGCGGAAAUGGAUCCAUUGCUUUGAGAACGUGACAUCGCUCAUAUUUUUAGCCUCGCUCAGCGAGUACGACCAGGUGCUGGAGGAGAAUAACAAGGAGAACCGCAUGAAAGAGAGCUUGUCUCUCUUCUACACCACCAUCCACUCGCCGUGGUUUGCUAGCGCCUCCAUCAUCCUCUUCCUGAACAAGAUGGACAUCCUGGAGGAAAAGAUCAAGACGUCGGACCUGAAAACUUACUUCGCGGGGUUUGACGGCAAAAAGCAAGACAAGAGCGACGCCAUGGACCACAUCAGUACCCUGUACCUCGAACAGGCUAUAAACCGUGAAAAUCGAGUACAGAAGUUUAUUUACGAACACUUUACCUGUGCCACGGACACCGACAACAUCCGCAAGGUCUUCAGCGACGUCAAGAGAACCGUUCUCGUCAAGGAACUGCAGUUAUAUGGCAUGCUUUAAGAUGCAGAGCGGCUGUCGGGUUCCUGGAAACACAAAACACUAGUUAUGAUAACAUGAUCUUAACUUCACUGACUAAUUAUUUACACCUGCAUUUGAAAAUAUUUUGUUCCUUUUUUUUUUGUAUUUUACACUGAAAUUAAUUUCUAUAUUCUACCAAAACAGAAUAUGACAAAAAUAGACAGAAUAGUUUGCUGAAAUGGACAAAAUGUCAGUAUGUUCAUAGUAAAAUUUCAUGGACUCUUUGAUUAAACUGAAAUGAAGAGUCAA